CAAGACACUUUAUUUACCAGAUUGCGAUUUGAUGAAUUAAUCAAUGUCAAAAAGUAGGAUGACGGCGUAAAAUUAACGGCAAAAACAUAACGAUAAUUCGAUGAUGUCAUUUUCGCCUCAGUCAUAAUUCAUCGCACAUAUUAUACCGCCUGUUCCUAUAUGAAUGUAGGUACAUAUGUGUGGUGUGAGCAGCAAAUCAGAAAAGAGUUAAUCAUGAAAGACACAACUGUGUGCGUAAGUAUGUGUGUGUGUGUGUGUUUAAUGGUAGGCCAAAAAGGGUUGUGAAAUAUUAACAACAAAUGAGUUUUAGGGCAAAUUUUGUACGAAAACCCGAAAAAGCCAGCCCCGUUGGGGUGAAGUCGCAUAACUUUUCGAGAUGGUUAUGGCAAGUGGCAGUGGCAUUAAUGUGCUACAUUAUGGAUUCAAUGAUAGGCGUUUGCAUUCGUUCAAUAACAUGUCCGUGUAUGUAUGUACAAAUGUUGAGCACAAUUAUGUAUUUAUUAAAAAAGCAAUUGAUCAUUAAUGUCAAUGCAAAGGAGGGGAUUGCCAUUAGAUCCGAAUUUGUCGCCAUACUGGACAUAUAUUAAGUUAACUAUUAUAUUAAAAAGGAAAUCAUUUGGUCAUUAUUUUCCAGAGAUGGCGACAUCGAAGGCUCUCGGCGAAUCAACGGGCCUUUUUAUUCCCUGUCCCUGGCAUUUACCACCGUUUAACUUAAACCUAAACUCACGCACACCAGCGCCAACGUCAACGCCAACGCCAACAACAACUUCAUUCGCCGUUGCUGCAACAAAUGCAAUGGACAAUCAAAAAGCACAUUAUAACGGUAUUUUUCCUUUACGCCUACCAGGACAACUGUUAGCCGAUGUCACCAAAGGUCUAGAAGACACACAUCCCCAAGCCGAGCCAUUCCAGUUGCAUCAUUUGGAGUAUAUUAAAUCACUGAACUCUACAUUGUUGGCGCAAAUGGAGGAAAAUAGCUCCUUGAGCACUCAACUGACAAUUAACAAGCUUCCGAAAUUAUUUGGCAGUUUAUAUAAUAAACCAAAUGGAAAUUACAUAAAUAAAGGAUUGCAUAAUAAACUGUUUCAGCAACAGACCGAAGAGGCAAGUGGAAUCAUUGCAGAAGCUGGGGAAUCCUCGACGCUUCAACAGGUGUUCGAAACUGCCAGGUCCAAUCAACUAACGACGUUGUCAAUACCUCAUGUUCGUCUACCAUCUGGUGAACGCCUAAAUGACUCCCUCAUCCCAAUGACCAAUGCAGAAUCAGAAGCCACAAAAAAAGUGAAUGGCAAUGUUUCCCUAACAGCUCUUCACAAUAUUCAGCUCCAAACGCCGCCAACAUCUUCGCCACAGCAAAUGACCGAACUAUUUCUGCAACCAACGCUGUUACCUCAACGCAUGCUUCAGUUUUCACAGACCCCGCCUGUUGCGGCUAACUUAAGGGUACCCAAAGUGGGGCAACCAUAUCAUGAUCACUAUAACAAUCAAUAUAGAAACCAAAUGUCUAAUAACACUGACACCUUGGUCUCAGCCGCCGAAUCACUGCAAUUAUACAAAUCCAUAUCAGAACACCAACCACCUCUGAACAAAGUUGGGUUGCAAGCCAAGAGUACAAUGACAGGUCCUUUCCCAUACAGAAACGACCCAACCACAACCAACUCAGCAGCAGUGGCGUCUCCAACAAAUAUGUCAGCAUCGAUGGAAAUGAAAGCGCAACCAACAACAAUGGAGGCACUAAUUAAUACGUUUCAGCCUUCAUAUAUCUCCUUACCUCACACAUCAUCAACAACUCCAAUGUUCGCGCACCGGAAGCCACCUUCUCCACCACCCUAUUCCCUCAAACAGCGCAGAGAUUGGAAAGCAGAAGAAACGUCAUCUCACGAGACGUCUACAUCGGCGCUGCCGUCAUACGUUAGAAAGUCAUUAACCCAGAAUGCCAACAACACUCAUGGUGCCGCGUCUAACGACCAAACGGCGAGACUUUCUCAACUAACGAAUACCCACAAACACACCCACAACCAGGACCACAUCCACAAUAAAAUCAAAAGCAAGCAGAAACAAAGGCAAAAGCAAAAACAAACACAAAAAUCGAAACAAAAGCAACCAGACUAUGUACAGGAGUGCGUAACUUACACAUCCUUAGGUUAUACUAGCAAUGGAGAGCAAUUGUUCGUGCGGCAUUUCCACGAGAGAGAUCGUCUCAUACGAGAGCAUCAAUUAAAGCAUCGCAUAUGCAACACCUUCAGUGCUAACAACGACGAUUUUGAUGGUGAUAGACGCGUUCGGCAAACAACUACACAUCACGAAGAGACGACAGCAUGUCUGGGGUCACCCGGAAUUCGUGAAAGCCUUGAAAACGUCGCGGUAGCCACAACAAAGACCACGGCGGCAUCGACUGUUGCUGUUGCCGUUGCUGGCGAUGCUGCGAAUGGCAUUGCCUUUGUUAAUAACGCUAGCACUAAUUCUAAUUGGCAUGGUGUCUGCCGUAGUGUUGAUGACAUUGUGCUGCCAGUGGACCAAGACCAAACCGAGCGGGCGACAGCGACAGUGGCAGUGGGUGCUCUUGCUGGCGUUCGUAUCGACGAUACUGCGGCUGCGAGGGAUGAUUUGGCGCGAUUCGAGGAAAUGACGACACGAGACAAUGCAGAAAUCUCAACGACCACAGACACGUCUCCCAAACUCAUGGAUAGAUGCGCGCCCAACACGAAGGUGACGAAACAAAGAAGUGCGAAUGCUCCAAUAGCAGAUACAUUCAAUGGACACAUGCGAUACUCGCCGUCACCACUGCGCUCACCAGCCGGCGACAACGAUAGGUACGAAGACGAAGGGUGUGCUGAGCAGUUUAAGCGAUGUGUCCUGCCAGCGAAGAAUUUGAGUAAGAAGCGUCGUCAUGAAAUGGCCGCAGAGUCGGACGAAAUACUUGACCUUGCACCGCAAUCACCAAAGAGACUGGCACGUUCACCACUCCGUCCUGUGACGCCGGGCGAGAUGAAUGCAAGAACCUCUGAUGAGCACUGUCACCAGCUAUCGGAGAGUGCGUCGAACCUCUUUGCUGCGCUGCAGAGUCCACUGGCACCACUACUGCUGCAAAAUCACCUUGGCAUGGCAGCACCAAACUAUGCUGCCAGUGAAAUGCAACAGGCGUUCCAGCUCCAACUGCAAAGCUAUGUAGAUAUGAUGCGUCAAGUAGCGCCGGAUAAUUUUCAAAAUCCAACAGCUACGCAUUUCCUGCUCCAAAACUCUCUGCAAGCCAUGGCGCAGUUUCAAGCUUUGCAACAAUUGAAACAACAACAACAGUUACAACAAGAGCUGCAACAACAUUUUGAAAGCGAAGAACAUCCACCCACGAACAGAUUUAAUUCCCAAGGCACGCCAGCACGAGGAAUAAAACACUUUUCCACGCCGUUGGUCUCAUCACCAUUGCGUAGCCCCUCACUAAGUCCAGUUAGUCGGCGUCACUUGAAAUCCUACAAGCUUACACAAGACGAUGAAGAAGAAGAAAGCGGCAACGCAAACUCUUCGCAGCAGACCACACCACCUAAUUCUGCCUUGGGUCUACAAAUGGGCAGCGCCAUCUUAACGCCAAAUACGCCCGGCAUGUCUUCCAUAUUCCCCACCACGAUACCCGGCGCAACAAUGAGCUUCAGCAGUACACCACAAAACAACAAAGCGGUCGGCGCAAACGCAAUGUCGGCAGCAGCACGCUCUCUCGACCAAUCGCCCGAAGAGACAACCGAUCUGGAAGAACUCGAACAAUUCGCCAAAACUUUCAAGCAGCGCCGUAUUAAACUCGGCUUCACGCAAGGCGAUGUUGGUUUGGCAAUGGGAAAAUUGUACGGCAAUGACUUCUCGCAAACCACCAUCUCACGAUUUGAAGCACUCAACCUCAGCUUCAAAAACAUGUGCAAACUAAAGCCGCUGCUGCAGAAAUGGCUGGCUGAUGCAGACAAUACAAUAUCAAAAACGGGCGGUGUGUUCUCACUGAGCUCCAUGACAACAACGCUCACUACACCUGAAAACAUAAUCGGACGAAGGCGCAAAAAGCGCACCUCCAUCGAGACCAACGUCCGCAGCACACUCGAAAAGGCAUUCAUGAUCAACUGCAAACCCACUUCGGAGGACAUCAAUAAUUUGGCGGAUCAACUAAAUAUGGACAAAGAAGUGGUGCGCGUUUGGUUUUGCAAUCGGCGGCAAAAGGAGAAACGCAUUAAUCCUGCCAUGGACCUGGACAGUCCGACAGGCACACCACUCAGCAGCCACAUCUUCGGCUUCCCCGCAAAAGCGCUCAGUAUGUCAAACAGCCAAGAAGCCUCCUCAAUGUGCGGCAGCUCGAUUAGCUCCCUGUCUCCACAUUGCGCGAGCAAGCAAGAAUGAUCCCGAGGCCACAGUGAUGUGAAUCGAAAAAAGCCCUAUCGGGAAAUAAGUAUACCCCAUUCGUCAUACCUGCAGAGCUUCGCACCACCACCACAUUCAAGCCGCACACAACCGUUCUUCGAGAACCGCCAGGCUUUGCAAAGGAUUUGGCACUUCUGCGAGAAACCGUCGUCAUUUGCGUCGAGCUCGUUCGAUACAUAUUCUCAUUACACGGAGCUGAUCUAAACAUAUUCACACAACCAUACAUACCUAAGCUAAACAAAUGUGUAUAUACAAAAAGUAUUUAAGGCAUUACUUUUACGAAAGUCUAUCUCUUGAUCAUAUCAACGCCCGGCCACAGACAGAGCCAUAAUUUAAUUAUAAUUAUUUAAGCAAUUACAAGUUCCAAAUGUGUAUUUUAAAUGUUUGUACAAUCUAUCACUCAAGUAUUACACACAGUUAUGUAACAGUUAUGUAAUGCGAAACGUACAUUUAUAUGUGCUCUUCGGCUCCAGCGACGCUUGUGGCGAGUACGAAGAGUUGGUAGUAUAUAUUUCAAUUUGUUUUUGGCAUGAAAUUAACCGAAUAUGUACAUAUAUUAUCUAUACACAUACAUGGGCAUGAAUUUGUGCAUGUAUGUAAAUGCAUUGAAUGUGUGUGUAAGUCGCAUUUAAUGAAAUUACUUAGUCAAGGUUCCUAUAUUUAUGUUCAAAUCCAGUUCAUGUAAUUAUUUAUGCGCAACACAUGUUCAAUGCAGGCGAGUCUAGUAUAUUUUUUAUUAGUUUUUUGUUUCUCACACUCGAAGAAUUUAAAGUGAAUCACACGAAGCCCCAAAUGCCGAUCUUCCAUUAAUAAGCAGUUUUCAAAUUCCGCAAAUAUUAUCAAGUACUUUUCGCGGUUUUACAAACAAACAUAUGCAUACAUACAUACAUAAAUACCAUCAUAGAUAAUUGGGUAUUGCUUUUCGAAAUUUCUGGGAAACUUUUGAUUUCGAAAAUCAGCAUUCAAUGUCUUCAACUCUUUUUCCAUCAUUUUCGUCUCUUAUUCUUUGUAUGUAUGUACAGAUAAAGAACGAUUUUUUUAAAUUUUGAUUGUUUAACAUAAAAUGUACAUUAAUAUUAAUUUUGUUAAAGCAAGCCUUCCUGCGCGCAGCUUCCGAAUUAUGCCGGAAAUGAUGCCUGUGUGCAGAUUGUGCUGGAAUUGGUUUGCCUUUUGUAGUUUGAACUGCACGUUCCACUAGAAAAUGUUUGCCAAUUCCAAUUCUCCUAUUCAAAUAUAUUUCUAACAUUACUGCAUAACUGUUCAAACUUUUUGGAGGCUUUUGUGCAUUUGUUGUUGUUUAUGUAAAUCCACUUCAGUUUGACCCGAGUGCUUAUAUGGUAUAUAUUGUAUAGGAAAUUUUAAAAUUCUUAUUAAAUUAUUAAUUGUAACUGUAUACUUAUGAACUUGGAUUAUACUAAAUUAUAAAAUAAUUAAUGUAGAUUUGUAGAAAAAUAAAUGAGUUCACACCGAACGCAAAGAUAUCAAUACAAAUAAAAACCGAGAAUGUAUUUAGCAGCUAAUCAUUGAGUAUGGUUUUCAUUUCAAACACCCGCUUAAUUAAAGUCAAGCCUCAGUUUAGUAUUUGCUGCAGGCAUUUUUUCCAGUGCUCGGCUAGACGUGCACCAACACAGAUUGCUACUCACGAGUAUGAAAUCAACCACAAAAAUUUAAUGGUGUUUAGAUGCCUCCAUUCUGAAUUUUCGAAUACCGAGUUUUGCACUAAAUAUUCC